CCCGAUCAUUCCCUUGUCAGCGGCGAAGCGCCUACACCAUUCGGGUCCUCAGGAGGAUCCAUUUCACCAUUUUGCCCCGCCGGUGCGUGGGUGACUCUUCGUUGCCAUCUCGAGUUUCUUCCCCUCCACAACCUCCCGGGUUCGUCCACUUGGACCCCUUUCAUCUACUCUGGAUCUUUUGUAUCUUAUCUUAUCUUCAUACAACUGUCUCUUUCUUGCACUCGAUUGACUACCCGGUGGCGGCCUUGUCGAACAGCUGACCGAACCCUCCGCGAGGACACAACCGCCGACGGUUCGUCAUCGCAGCCGUGACGCUCUUUGGUGCUGUACUCCGGUUCCCGAUACGGCAAAUCAAUCACGUCUUGCUUCGAGUCCGGGAGGCUCGGCCAUCAUGAACUCGAUCCCGUUCAACGUGGGAGGAAAGUCCCUUUCGGCAUCGGUAUCCAACUUCAACCCAUCACAGUCAUUUUCUGUUCCGUCACCGAGCUUCGAUUCCAAUUCUCGGCGCUCCGCCAUCUCCAGUCCAGCCCUCUCGUACUCGGCACCAAGGAAAGGGCAGGCAUCCCGGAAGCCGCACAAGGAGAAGAGGAGGCCGGUCAGAGACAGUCGUUUGGAUGAUGAUGAUGACAUGGAUGAGAUUAGGACCAUGAGAAACAUCAACAGCCGCAGAGGCCAGACCUCUAUCACACAUCUACUCAACUACUCCACUCCCUUGCGCCAUUCCGACGAAUACAACUAUGGCCAUGGCUACCGCAGAUCCGCUCGACGACAACCCACUUGGGGCCCAGGCUCUGGCUAUCACCCCAUCGACAAGGCCAAGUUCGUACAUGCCAACUAUCGAUUCGUGGUAGACCCGAAUGGGGAAUACACAGCUCAAGCUCGCGAUGCCGACAAGCAUCUCGACUGGAACCAUGUCCAGCAGAUCGUUGCAUCGACCGAGUCACAAUCUACCUCGUGCCCAAUCUGUCUCUCGGAACCCGUCGCCCCUCGGAUGGCGCAAUGUGGCCACAUAUUCUGCCUACCCUGUAUGAUACGAUUUCUGAAUUCCUCCAGCGAUGAGGAGAUAAGCUCAAGGAAAGAAGCCCGUUGGAAGAAAUGCCCAAUUUGUGAGGAUACAUUCAAGAUGGCCGAAACCCGGCCAGUUCGAUUCUACGCCGGUCAGGAGAGUCCUCUGCCAGAACCUGGCCAUGACGUCGUCUUACGCUUGAUGGUAAGGGAGUCAGGCUCAACUUUAGCCCUGCCGAAAGAGGGAGGCACAGAUCCGGUCAAUGUCGGCGAGGAGGUUCCGUGGCAUUUUGCCGCAAAUGUCUUGGACUAUGCUCGAAUCAUGAAAGGGACACCCGAUUACAUGGCAAGUGAAUACGACAGAGAAAUUGAAGAUUUACGAAAACAGUAUACAGAGGACGAGAUUCAGUUCGGCGCCGAGGAUGGUGACUCCACCACAAAGGCUAUAAAAUUAAUAACCACUGCCAGAGACAGGCUAAGAGAGCAGAAGCCGAGCAAUGAUGACGGCGCAACACCUGCGACUGGACUGGGCAAGAUUCAAAACAAGCCCCAUACGAGCCACCCGUUUCAUUUCUACAGUGCACCUCCGCAUCUAUACCUAUCACCCCUCGACAUUCGCAUCCUGAAAACUCAGUUCGGUGAUUAUUCGAAUUUCCCCUCUACGCUCCUGCCUCAGGUUGAACAUAUCUCGACUGGCCAUGUUGUCGAUGAUCUGUUGCGGAAGAGGGCCAAGUACCUCGCACAUCUCCCACAUGGUUGUGUGGUCACUUUUCUCGAGUGCGAUUGGACGGACAUCGUUCCUGCAGAAACCCUAAGCACUUUCUCGAGCGAGCUUGAUAAGCGAAGGAAAUCGCAUCGGGACAAGGCCGCGCAAGAGGAGAGAGAGCGAGUCCAGGCUGAGCGUAUGGAGGCUGCAGCGAUUGGUCGCACUACUCGACGUCAUUUCGACAAUGCUCAAGAGGACUCCUAUGACCCAAGCCCGGCGCUCAGCUCGGAAGACUUUCAACCACUCGGCUCUGCAGCUGGCACCACACCUCCAAACCCCCGGCCAGGUUUUGAGCAACUUGCUGAAAUGUCUACAAGUCCUUCUACUUCCAAGACUGUGUGGGGUACUAGAGUCGUAGCCGGGUCUCCUGACCUUGGUCCUAUACCCGAAGCCUCUGGCCAUGACGGUUGGCUAAAGGAUGAUGAGUUCCUCGGCCCUGCUGAGAUCGCUCUACAAAUGGAAGCAUUUGGUAUUGAUGCUGCCAACUCAGCUCCUGCUACGCCUGGUGGAACUGGGGGAGGAGGAAAGAAGAAAAAGAAGCAAAAAAUCACACUGAUGAGCACAGGUGGUCAUCGCGGCAAUUGAGGUUAUUGGGCAGGAAUUCAUGGCGCGUACUUGGCGUUACCACAACCUUUAGAUCUAGAUGACGAAGAUAUAAGGAUGAGCGCAUCUGAGCUUUUUGUUGCUUCAGCGCUGUUACCGGUGUUAUGGUUUUCCCAGGGCUGGACUAUUUUAGCCCUUGCGGCAAUAUAUUUAAACAUAAAUGUUGAAAUUAAUUCGGCAAUGCCGACAACAAUAGAACACUAUUUACAGGCCA